GCUGAAUUCAGUUGCUGCUUGACUGUCGCCACGUGCGGUUCGCUUCGUUUCGUUUCGGUUCGCUUCGGUUUCGGUUCGGACUUCGAGAAAAUCUCCUCCGCGGAAGUCAGUUUUCGUGUGGUUUGUGCCUCCGUGUGCCCUGUGCCGUGUGGCGUGUGGGAGUAUCCAUCUCUGCGAGCAUAAAACACUCUUGAUGCAAAUAAAACGCACAAAUUCAAGUAAUUAAAAUCCAAUAAAAUGUCCGGCAAUGAUGUUUCGGUGACUGAGACAGCACAAAGCGAUCAGUAUCACCUGCCACCCACUGCCAAUGCGGCUGCACAUCAUCAAUAUUAUCGCUACCAAAAGCAGCAGCAGCAGCAACCACAGCAACAAAGCUGCAUGCGACAGCAACAGAGACAAUUGCAGUGGGAGCAGCAGCAGCAACAGCAACAGCUUCAACACCAACUGGCAAACAGCUCCAGCGAGUUUGACGAGUUCCAUUGGCCCAGCAAGCAGCCGCAGCAGGGAGGCAGCGCCGGCGGAGGGGGCAAAAUCUAUAUAACACCUGCAGACAUUCCGCCGCCGCCCCAUCCGCCCCAUCAAGGCGGCAACAGUCACCACAAUGGCAACAAGAGCCGGCAGCACCAUGCCCAUCCCCAUCCCCAUCCCCACCAGCAUGCCCACACCCACCAGCAUGGACCAUUGACAACGCCGCCACACCGAACCCCGCCGCACCGCUGCAAAUGUGAGCAUCCGAGCAUCGAGCUGAUGGGCUACGAGGAGGCCGUCAUAGCCAGUGCCACCGCCACCAACACCGCGGCUAACGUCACCAUGCACCGCCACCAGCAUCCGCCCUACUACUACAAGGCGGGCACCGGCGCCGGCACCGGCACCGGCGUAGGCACCCGGCGACCCAGUGGCAAGCUCCACGAGUCGAUGCUGGGCGGCGGCAGUAGUCUGGACGACGACGACUUGGCCAGCGCCGGCAGCUUCGGAGAUGGCAUGUCGCGGUUUAAGAACCUCAUGCAUUCCAAGGAAAAAAAGCGACGAGUCCGGAUCAUUCUCAGCAUUGUGACGGCUGUCAUAUUCGUUGCUCUGCUGGCCACCGCCCUCGUGUUUAUCCUUAAGGCGGACGACGACAAUGGCAGCAGCUCGGACAACUCUGGCAGCAAUGGAAUAGACCUGGAGGAUGUGCUAAGCGGUCAAUUAUACGCCAAACGCUUCAACGGCAGCUGGAGCAAUGACAACAGUGUGCUCUACAAGGAUAAUGCGUCCAUCAUGGAGUACGAUGUCAAGACGGGAGUUCGCACGGCGCUGCUCCACAAUGCGGCGCACUAUGUGCUGUACGAGAAGUCCGCGGACGGGGAACUUCUGCUGCUGGCCAAGAACUACAAGAAGAACUUCCGGUACAGCUUCCUGGCCGAGUACGAUAUCUACAACUUCAGCACGAACCUGAUCAAGCCGCUGACCAUUCAGAACCAACAGCUCUAUCUGAGCAUGGUCCAGUGGGCGCCGGUGGGCAAUGCCCUCAUCAUCAACUACGACCGCAAUCUGUACUACAAGAAGAGCGCCCUGGAGCCGGAGAUAGUCAUCACCAGCGACGAGCAGGCCGGCAUCCUUAACGGCAUUCCGGACUGGGUCUACGAGGAGGAGGUCUUCAGCUCCAAUGUGGCCACCUGGUUCAAUCCCUCGGGCACUCAGCUGGCCUUCAUUAAGUUCGAUGACUCGUCGACGCAUCUGAUCAACUUCCCCUACUACGGCGAUGCUGGGGACCUCCGCUACCAGUAUCCCCUGCACCAGGUGAUUGCCUAUCCCAAGGCGGGCUCCUCGAAUCCCCGUGUCGAGCUAGUCAUGGUCGAUCUCCAGCGUGCGGUGUCCGGUGGGGAUUUCAUCACCACCAUGCCCGUCCCGCCUGCUCUCAACACGGAAACGGAUUACAUUGUCACCGUCGUCAGCUGGGUGGACGAUGCACACGUCCUCUCCAUCUGGAUGAAUCGCAUUCAGAAUGCCGCCUAUGUGGUAACCUUCGAUGGACUUAAUCGGAAAGUGAUCUACAGCACGGAAUCAAAAACUGGCUGGGUAGAUCUUUACACGGCUCCCUUCCGGAACCGCAAUGGAUCCCGACUGGCCGUCGUCCUGCCCCACAACAACUACAAGCAUCUGCAGCUGCUCAGCUCCAGUGUCAGCAGCGCGGAGCAGCAGCAGCUGGAGCCGCUGACCGAGGGAAAGUACGUGGUGGACAGCAUCCUCCACUGGGACGCCACCAACGAUGUGAUCUUCUACACGGCCAACACGGAGGAGCACCCAGAGCAGCUGCAUCUGUAUGCCAUCAGGGCCCAGGCCAAGCAGAACGCCAAGUGCUUGACCUGCAAGCUCAUCAAAUCGGGUGAUGUGGAACAGACCUACUUCUCGGCGACGUUCAAUGACAAUAACCAUAUGGUGAUCACCUCGCUGGGACCUGGCAUUCCCACCACCCACCUCUACGAAUGGAAAUAUGUGGACUCUCAGGUUGUCGUCACGAAUGUGCUCGACUGGGAGACAAAUGAGGCACUGCGGGCCAAGCUGAAGGGCGUGGCCCUGCCCACGCACAAGAUUCUGACGGUGAACAUUGACGGGGGCUUCCAGGCCAAGGUUCUCCUCCAGCUGCCACCCAAUUUGGAUACCAGCGGCAACACCAAAUACCCCAUGUUAGUGGAUGUCUAUGGGGGACCCGACUCGUAUUCCGUAACCAACAAAUGGAUGCUGGACUGGGGCACAUAUCUAACCUCGAACCAGUCGGUGAUCUAUGCCAAGAUUGAUGGGCGUGGCUCGGGACUGCGCGGCGAGAGUCUGCUGCACGCCAUCUACCUGCAGUUGGGCACUGUAGAGAUCAGUGAUCAGAUCACGGUUACUCAGAACCUCACCGAACUUUACAAAUACAUUGAUCGCGACCAUAUCGGCAUUUGGGGAUGGUCAUAUGGUGGCUAUGCCGCCGCCAUGGCUUUGGCCAACGAUGGUGAUGAAGUGUUCAAGUGUGCGGCUUCCAUAGCUCCGGUCACAGACUGGGCUUACUACGAUUCCAUUUAUACGGAGCGUUAUAUGGCCCUGCCCAAUACAAAUGAGGUCGGCUAUGCCAACUCCAGGCUGAGCACACGGGCCCAGAAGUUGAGGGGCAAGAAAUAUCUGCUGGUCCAUGGCACACUCGACGACAAUGUGCACUACCAGCAGGCCAUGAUCCUGGCCAAGAACCUGGAGCGUCACGAUAUACUCUUCAAGCAGAUUAGCUAUGCUGACGAGGAUCACGGUCUGUCUAAUGUGCGCCCGCAUUUGUAUCAUUCAUUGGACCGCUUCUUUGGCGAGUGCUUCGCCAGCAGUCGCCUGAUGAAAAGUGCUAAAUAAACAACGCAAAAAUGCCAAUAUGCGAAAAUGCAAUAAUAUAAAAUAAAGGUAAUAUACGUAUGCUCGUAAUAGAUGAGAAGUUAUAGGUAUUUAUAUCAAAUCCUGAUUAGCUAUGCCCACAACAGAGAGGAACAUUUUCCAAUGCUAGCAAAUGAUAAACUAAGCCACAAAUUGGUACUUAAAAAGUUAUUAGAUUUCUGCUUGAAUUCAAACAAAGUAAAACAGAACAACAUUAAACAAAAUAAAUAAUCCAUAGUGUUCAGUAUGUUGAAAAAAGGAAAACUUAAUGCAGGUCCAAAAAUGUUAUAGGAUAACUUGGUACAAUAAUAAUGAUAUUUCCAAAUUGAAUUUUAAGAAGUUUUAAACCCUAUGGACACCAGAUCCAUGCUACAUUUACUUAUAAAUGUAGUGAGUAUAAUAGUAUAGAGCGAAAUGCAUUUUUUUUUUUUUUGUCUAGCUAGUGCCUGAUUAUAAUGCUUAAAACAUAAAUAUUUAAUGUAGAUAUUGCAAUUAAAAUUAUAAAAAUUUAAACGUGUAUUCAACGAAACUUUUCAGGCGCUCCAUUUAAUGCUUACCGAUUCUAAGUAGGUCAAAGUUCGCUUGAUGAAACUAUUGCUGCAAAUUGAAAGCCAGAAAUAGAAAGUAGUUUGUAACAUUUUAUAGUUUUUUAAUUUGCUACUUGUAUAAAAACAAUGUUAAAGAACUUGUACAUAUUUAAAUAAAUAGUUGUUUAAUGGCUUUUUUUUAGAAAAAAACAUAUUGUGUAUAGGCAACAGUUAAAAAGGCAAGCAAACAAUAAACAUAAAUAAAUA